GUUCAGGGUUUUGAACACUGCGGCAGUUAGUUUAAAAAGGGCAAUCUUAAUACAAAGGCCAGCGAAAUUUUGUAUGGGCACUAUUGGGCGCUGAGUAGAGAUGGGAGGAUGCUAUUGUUUCUAUACUUUAUCCUCCCUUUAUGUCCCUGUACCUUCGGUCACGAUUGCUGUCAAUAGAUGUCUUAUAACUGGAUAUUAUGGGAAGCACAAGACCAAAGUUGCAGAUUUUCAAGAGAUCUUGCUGCCAAAGUCUAAGAACUGGAAGUGGGAAGUGAGAAAACAUGUACAGAACCAUUUUUCACUUGACAAGACAACAAACAGAUUACAGCAAAGAAAUGGCAUUGGGGCAAAGCUAACAAAUGGGCUCUUACCAGAAAUUAACCUGCAGUUUCAGGAAUUUCUGAAGCAUUCCUAUAUAUUUUUUCAGCAAGGCAUGCAAUUAUAUUCAAACUAUUUGGAAUGUUAUAUUCACCCAAAAAAGUUUACAAAAGCACAAAGAUGGCAUAAAAGUAAGAAAAACAGGGGCUCUGUUAUCCUGGUUGGAUCGGUCAUAACUCUUGUAUUGAUGAUGUCAGUCUCCAUAAAUAUCAACAGAAGUCCAUCAUUGCGUGUCAUGGGAAAAUGCUUUACAGGGGCACUUACUGAGGAAAAUUUACUCUUUCUGGAGGCAUGGAGAACCAUUGAUCGAGCAUAUGUUGACAAAACAUUCAAUGGUCAAAGAUGGUUUCGCUAUAGAGAAGAUGCACUUCGCCAUGAACCCAUGAAUACACGUGAAGAGACAUAUGCAGCAAUUCGAAAGAUGCUUGCAACUUUAAAUGAUCCUUUUACACGUUUCUUGGAGACGGAAAAGUUCAACAGUUUGCGGUCUGGUACUAAGGGCGCUCUGACAGGAGUCGGUUUGGAGGUGGGAUUUGACAUGACUGGUGAUGAAGCUUCAACUAAUCUUAUGGUCGUUUCACCUGUAGCUGGUGGGCCAGCAGAUCGUGCUGGUAUCAUGCCUGGAGAUAUAAUAUCUGCCAUUAAUGGCACAAGCACCCAGGGCAUGGGGUUAUAUGAUGCUGCUGAACGUCUACAGGGUCCUGAGGAUACGGUCGUGGAGCUAACACUCCAUAAAGGAGACUCUGAAUCAAGGACAAUUUCUCUGAAGCGGAAAAGAAUUACCCUGAACCCUGUCAGCUGGCGACUAUGCAAACUCUCAAGAAAUGGAAAAGAAUCUUUAAGGAUUGGGUACAUCAGACUUGCAACUUUCAACCAGAAUGCAUCUGGAGCUGUUAAGGAAGCCAUUGAAAACUUACGGGAGAAUAAAGUAACAUCCUAUGUGCUAGAUCUUCGGAACAACAGCGGCGGACUUUUUCCUGAAGGGAUUGAAAUAGCAAAGAUCUGGUUGGACAAAGGUGUGAUAGUCUAUAUCUGUGAUAGCAAGGGUGUUCGUGACAUAUAUGAGACAGAUGGGAGCGAAGCAAUUGCAACAUCAGAACCAUUGGUAGUGCUGGUAAACAAGGGAACUGCAAGUGCAAGUGAGAUUUUAGCAGCUGCCCUGAAAGACAAUAAGCGGGCAGUUCUACUUGGGGAACCUACGUUUGGAAAAGGGAAGAUACAAUCAGUAUUUGAGCUAUCCGAUGGCUCAGGCAUGGCCGUUACUGUUGCUCGCUAUGAAACUCCUGCACAUAUCAACAUUGAUAAAGUGGGAGUGAUUCCAGAUCAACCACUACCAAUGGCUUUACCUAUUGAUGGAGAUGGUUUUUGCAAAUGCCUUGAAGAAUCAGAUUCGAGUUGUAGCAUUAAUACGGCUGCAUUCUUUCCAAAAUGAAAUUUGUGUAAAGGAUGUUUCAAUGUGAUAUGUUACAUCAUAAUUAUAUGUAUAUUCUUUUCAGAGAUAUUUUUGGAAUAUAUGUCCGCUCUUUUUAUCGGUUUUAGAUCAUCACCAAUUGCAUGUUUCUAAGCAGUUAAAAGAAGCGGAAGUACUGAAACUAUUUUAGAAACGAAAACAGGACACAACUCUAUCGUCGUUAUCAUACCACCCAUUGGGAAGUAUGAUAUGAGUGUGUAAAGAAGGCAUGAGAAAUUUGUAGGGCAUCAGUCAGGAAGUCAUAAUUUGGAAUAUAAUCACUAUCAAUUGUGGUUUUUCAUA